ACAAACCCGGUCCGGUUCGAAAAGUUGAUGAAAUUCAUCCGUAGGGCCGGUCCUCUGUGAUCGUUCUUACACCGUCCAGUGAUCACGAGGAGACGCAAGCAAGUGAUGUCUAUGGCUCUUCUCAUGUGAUCAAAAAGUCUGAAGGGAAGCAACUGAAUGAAUAUGUCGACGCGGUCCGAAUCUCCGCCUGGGAGGGGCAAGGCUACAGGAGAGUCCAGGGCGAAGAGUUCCAGCUCAGUCUCUCCGACCUGGCUUCGCGGGCUCUCACGCACGAGUCUAGCGAUCCUGCUUAUUCUAUACAUCACUCUGGUUCACUUUACCGGUCUCCUCAUCUUCACUCGAGGCUUCCUGCUCACUCGACUGUCUAUACCAAAUGUAACUCCUCCGUAUACCCCGGAGUCGCCAUCACCAAUACCUCACCGACAUUCCAAAGCGAUCAUACUCAUCAUUGAUGCUUUGAGGACAGAUUUCAUCUCCCCGUAUCAUCCCCGGCCAUCAUCCCCAAAUCAUCAUGGCGUCCUGACCUUACCGGCAGAAUUGACAGCCUCACACCCUCGACACUCGCUGAUAUUCAACUCGUACUCCGACCCUCCUACGACGACCAUGCAACGCUUGAAAGGCAUUAUGACAGGCUCUUUGCCGACAUUCGUGGAUGCUGGCGCGAAUUUCGCAUCCACAGCUAUCGAGGAGGACUCUCUGAUUUCUCAGCUCGUCGCCGCGAACAAGAAGAUUGCAUUUAUGGGGGAUGAUACCUGGGUACACCUAUUUCCCGAAUCGUUCAACCAUGCGCAUCCAUUCGACUCGUUCAACGUCGAAGACCUCCACACUGUCGAUAAUGGAGUCAUUGAGCAUCUGUUCCCUUACCUUCAUCCGUCAAACAGUUCACAAUGGGACGUCUUGAUUGGGCAUUUCCUCGGUGUGGACCAUGUAGGUCACCGCGUAGGUCCUGAGAGAGACACAAUGAAGACCAAAUUGGCCCAGAUGGACGAGGUACUGCGUCGAGUGGUCAAAAUGAUGGACGACGAUACCCUCUUGGUGCUUUUGGGCGAUCACGGCAUGGACUCCAAGGGAAAUCACGGAGGUGAUUCGGAGCUCGAGACGGCAGCUGCCCUCUGGCUAUACUCCAAGACCCCAAUUUUCGGCGGGAGUAUCGACAACGAAUUCAUCGAAAGCUUGCCGACCUAUACAUACCCGAGAUCACCCAAAUCUCUCCGACACGUCAAUCAGAUUGACCUUCUUCCAACCUUGUCAUACCUGCUCGGGCUGCCAAUCCCUUUCAACAAUCUUGGCACAGUCAUACCAGAGACUCUCGGUAGUAUGGAAGACUUAGAAAAGGCUACUCGACGCAACGCUCUCCAGAUCGUCGACUACAUUACGGAAUACGGGGACGACAAGAUUCUGUCAGCGUUGAUGCAAGUGCGGCAGAAAGCUGACACCGCCGCGAAGCUCCUCACGUUGAUCGAGAGCGGAAAGCAUCGAGGUGACGACACUUUAUAUCCCACAAUGACUGGCAUGAUGAAAGCCAAAGAUAUCAAAAUUGCUCAAGCCCGUCAUCACUCCGUCGUGGCCCAUCGCAAAGUCGCCACGGAAGCGCUGGAAGAGCUUCGAGCCCUCUGGGCCCAGUUCUCGGUCCCGUUGAUCGUCUACGGUACCACCAUCCUUGGAUUCAGCAUCCCGGUCCUGUACGCCAUGUACUCUGGUGUCAGGGCUGGCGGACAGAAAUGGGAUGUCUAUCUUGCUCUCGCCUUGGAGACUGCUGCCCUGCCCUCUGUCGGAGCAGGGGUCGUCGGCUUUAUUGUGGCGGUCACGGCCUUCAGAGCGGAUUUCCAACAUGGGAUCUAUACCUUCUUUGGAAGCAUGAUCUUUGCAUCGGAAGUCGUGCUCGCUGUGCCACUGCUUUUCCAACGACCAAACUUCCAAGUCAACUUGCAGACGGCCAUAGGUCCGCUGAUACUCGUCAUUCACGCCGUGUCGUUCGCCUCGAAUAGUUUCAUCAUGUGGGAAGAUCGCGUCCUGCUCUUCUUGCUAUCGACUAUUCCCGUCGUCAAUAUGUUCAAAUCCCCCACAGCUCCCACAUCGCUUAUGAGAUGGCGCACUGCUCUUCUGUCCCUUGUCAUACUGAUCGUGGCACGGCUCAUUGGAUCCAUUACCGUGUGCCGAGAAGAGCAACAACCAUACUGUCGAGUGACGUUCUUCAGUGGCUCUACGGCAACGGCCCCUACGUGGGCACUGGCGGCCAUCGGCUUUGUCGCUUUCCAGCUCCCCCGAGCAGUCGGCAUCACAUUGAAUCAAUCCAAGUCUCUCGCUGGCCCUGCACCUCGAUUCCUUGGACUCACUUGGCGUCUCUCAUUGCUCCUCAGCGCAGGAUAUUGGGUCCUCGAAUGGCUCGAAUUCUACCCGGGUCUUGUCUCGGAACGUAUACCCCUGGUACGAACCGUUCGCACAUGGCUAGCUCGUGCCAUUUGGGUCUCCAUCAUCGGUAUCAUGCCGUACAGCUGGUCCUUCUCACCCCUUUGUAUCAGGGUUCAGAGGGAUGCUGAUCAAUCUGGCGAAAAGGCAGUGACGGUCUUUGGGUUCGCCAAUUCGUACGGAUCGACUUACCUCUUGUUCCUCUUGAUCCCAUUCACGGCAGUCCAUCUCGUUUCAUACCCUAUGGGUCAAUUGGCCCUGGGUGGAAUGCUCAUCAUUCUCCUAGCCCAUUUGGAAAUCACCGACACGCAACGCGAUGCAGCAUUGAUGAAACUAUCUUUCGCCUCAUCGUCUGCAUCGACAUUUGAUCCAAACGCCGAUUCCUCCAGCUCGACCCUGAUUCGACCUACGUUCACCGAAUCCACUCUGUUGGCCCUGCUCGGUCUACUGGGAUUCUUCUCUACAGGCCACCAAGCUGUCCUCACAUCCAUCCAGUGGAAAGCCGCAUUCGUAGGCUUCCAAUCGGUGACCUAUCCAUUCUCUCCCCUCUUCGUCAUCAUCAACACGUGGGGCCCAGUGGCUUUGUCGGCUCUUGCCGUCCCCCUCCUUGGUAUCUGGAACAUUUCGCCUAGACCUCAAUCCACACUCCCAAUUCUGGGCCAUGUCUUACAACUCGUCCUUGGUUUCAUGAUCUAUCAUACAUCCAUCACUUUCACCUCUGCGUUUUUCGCCGCUUGGCUAAGGCGACACUUGAUGGUGUGGAAGGUAUUCGCACCGAGAUUCAUGUUGGCAGGCGUAACGCUCCUGGUCGUGGACAUAUGUCUCCUGGUCGCAGUGGCCAUAGGAUUCCGCACGACCUCUUGGAAGGUCUCCAAGACGUUCAGAUGUGUAGCCGUUUGACCGCGAAGUGGUGCAGGAGUAAGCUUAAAUAUGACAUGCAAUAGAGUAGAAGACACAAAUACAAUUCUUCGUAAGGGGGAAAAAUGCAUGGACGAGAAUAUCAAACACAUGUGUAAUACAGUCCUGGAGACGACCUGAUCAAUCCUGCAUAGUGUCCUUACUUCUAUACAGCCUACUGAAGGCAAACCACCUUCAUUCAGCACAUCGCGAUCGUUUCAUCGCAGAGACAAUCGCUUUUUCUUCUUGUUGUCCUUGCUGUCAUCCUUACCUCCGGCACC